GCGCCUUGGUCGGGCACUCGACGGUUCGGAUCGCUUCUGAAGUAGUGGCCACGGCGCGACCUGCGGAGGGGCUUGAUGGGGGAGGCGGCCGUGGCCGUGGGCCCUUGUCCCCUGCGCGAGGACAGCUUCACGCGCUUCUCGUCGCAGAGCAAUGUGUACGGUCUGGCCGGCGGCGCCAACGGGCGCGGGGAGCUGCUGGCCGCCACCCUUAAAGGCAAAGUGCUCGGCUUCCGCUACCAAGACCUCCGGCAGAAAAUCCGGCCCGUGGCCAAGGAGCUGCAGUUCAACUAUAUCCCCGUGGAUGCAGAAAUUGUCUCCAUCGACACCUUCAACAAGUCGCCCCCAAAGCGGGGCCUAGUAGUGGGGAUCACGUUCAUCAAGGAUUCAGGGGACAAGGCCAGCCCCUUCCUUAACAUUUACUGUGACUACGAGCCUGGCUCUGAGUACAACCUGGACUCCAUCGCCCAGAGCUGCCUGAACCUGGAGCUCCAAUUCACGCCUUUCCAGCUGUGCCAUGCAGAAGUCCAGGUUGGGGAUCAGCUGGAGACCGUGUUUCUCCUGAGCGGGAAUGACCCGGCCAUUCAUCUCUACAAGGAGAAUGAGGGGCUGCAUCAGUUUGAGGAACAGCCUGUGGAAAACCUCUUCCCAGAGCUCACAAACCUGAGCAGCAGUGUCCUCUGGCUGGACGUCCACAACCUCCCCGGCACGUCACGUCGCCUCUCAGCCCUGGGCUGUCAGAGUGGUUAUGUCCGCGUCGCCCACGUGGACCAGCAGCGCCGAGAGGUCUUGCAGAUGUGGACGGUCCUGCAGGAUGGCCCCAUCUCCCGCGUGAUCCUGUUCAGCCUCGAGGCCCCUGACCCGGGGAAGUGGGGACGAGGAGGAGCCUGGAAGCCGUCCCCUCAAGCCCGUGCCCUCCCCGUUCGCAUCUCAUCUGCAGAGGCCAAGGACAGGCCACGGCAGGAGGAGUACAGCGUGCUUGUGGCCAGCAUGGUGGAGCCAGCCGUGGUGUACCGUCUCCCUGUGGCACUGGAAACCCUCAGGGACCUGCUGAACCGGGGCCUUGAGGACCAACUUCUCCUGCCCGCCAGUGACCAAUUUGACAGUGUCCUCUGUGGCCUGGUCACCGAUGUGGACUUGGAUGGACGGCCGGAAGUCCUGGUGGCCACCUAUGGACAGGAGCUGCUCUGCUAUAAGUACUGUGGCCCGGAGUCGGGGCGCCCGGAGGCCAAGCAUGGCUUCUGCCUGCUGUGGCAGCGGAGCUUCUCCAGCCCCCUGCUGGCCAUGGCGCACGUGGACCUGACCGGCGACGGGCUGCAGGAGCUGGCUGUGGUCUCCCUGAAGGGGGUGCACAUCCUGCAGCACAGCCUGAUCCAGGCCUCUGAGCUCGUCCUGACCCGGCUUCAGCGCCAAGUGGAGCAGAAGAGACAGCAGUCACAGGGACCCGGGGUCAGUGUGGGUCCGGGGCCUGGCGAGACCACAGCCUCCUGACCACUUCCCCACUCCCUCCAACUGUUGGUGGGGAUCAGUGUCCCCAAGGAGGGGGUACUCCCCCCAGACCCAACCCACUCCCCUGUGUCUCCAUGCCCCUCGUUCCAAAUGGAACGGUCCCACCCAGCCCGCUCCAUCCCUGUGAGUAUUGGCCGGAUGAUAAUUAUUUGUGUCCACGGAACAAAGGACUCAGCUGUUUCCA